GGAGGAACUCUCACUAUCUUCUGUCGGUCACCCAAUAAAUAGCCAGCCAAGUCCUCACCAUCCCAACACGCUGUUGGAGAGAUGGGACCAUCACACCAGCUGCCCCUAGUGGGGCUCCUAUUGUUUUCUCUGAUUCCAGGCCAACCAUGCACCAUCUGUGAGGUAAGCAACGAAAACUACUCCCGUUUAAACCCUCUAAUAAACACAAUGAUCAAUUCAAAAUAUACCAGAGGAAUCCAAGCUGCCAAUGUCCUGUUGUCCCUCAGACUUGCUGGGAUCCAGGACCAAAGCUUAGGACAGCUGACUCAAGAAGUCAGAGACGAUGGGGAAAAGAAGGAUUUAACCUCGGGACAGCUUGCCUUGGUUAUACUGGCUUUGGGAGCAUGUCAGAACUCUGUUGAAAGUGUUACAUAUUUUCACCUGGUCAGCCAACUAGAAAAGAAAUUCCAAGAAGAAAUUGAAAAUAUGGGACUACAUGAUGGCAAUCCGCUGACUAACUAUUACCAGCUCAGCCUGGAUGUUCUGGCCUUGUGUCUGUUCAAUGGGACCUACUCAAUCGAUGAAAUUAAAAAAUACUUCGCUCCUGAAAAUAAGAACUUUUACUUUGGUGCUCAGUUCUCAGUAGAUACUGGCGCGAUGGCUGUCCUGGCUCUGACCUGUGUGAAGAGGAGCAUGAUAAAGACGCAGAACAAAAGUGGAGAGGAUUUACAGUCUAUCAGUAAUUAUAUAGAGUCACUGGUAAAAAAGAUGCUGGCUGAGAAAAAUAAAGAAAAUGGUCUCAUUGGAAACAUAUAUAGCACAGGAGAAGCUAUGCAGGCUCUCUUUGUCUCAUCAAACCAUGACAACAAAAAUGAAUGGAAUUGUCAACAAACUCUGAACACAGUGCUCGAGGAAAUUCCUAAGGGGGCAUUCCGUAUGCCAAUUGCCGCAGCCCAGAUCUUACCUGCCCUGAUGGGAAAGACCUACUUGGAUGUCAACAAUCACUCUUCUUGUGGUUCAGGUCACUUUAACCUUUCCAUUCAGGAGCCUACACCUGUGGAACCUACUAGCCCGUCCACAUGGAUCUCAGUCCAUUACACUGUGAAAAUCAAUAAAACGUACUCCACCGAAGUCACUGUGCCCAAGGGUUCUGUCUUCCUGGAUGUGAUGAAGGAAGCUCAGAAAAUCGACAAGGCUGCAUUUCGUUUCACAUAUGUGGAGACCUCGUGGGGCCCCUACAUCACCUCUGUGCAGGGCUUGAAGGAGAACAGUAAUGACAGAACCUACUGGCAACUUCUGAGUGGAGGCACUCCAGUGAGCCAAGGAGUUGGUAAUUAUGUUGUCCAUAAUGGAGAAAAUUUGGAGGUUCGUUGGAGCAAAUACUAAUAAAGAAACCUUCCUCAGCUGGCUCUAAUUCUUUCACAGUGGCAUUCCAUGUGGAAUUGGCCUCAUGUCUCCCUUUCAUUGAUCUCAAUCGCAAUAAGAGUGUAAAUAACCUCCCCUUGUCUCUUUGCAUUUUCAAUAAAUAUCAUCAAGUA